AGUCGUGAUUGGUCGUUUGUUUGUCGAAGUGCGUUCCGAAUUUAAAAUAUCGCGGCCAAAUUUAAUCUGUGGUGAAUGAUGAGUGUAUUACAAAUUAACUAAAUAAAAUAAUAAUAAAUUUGAAACAAGAACAAUGAAGUGUCAAUCAUCAAUACAAGCAAAUACGCCUACGUUAUUUUUAUUAAUAAAAGUAGAGAAAGCAAGGAUUACAUUAUGAAAAUCAAACACUAUCCAGGAAAAGCGGUCAUGGAGGACCCCUGGCUUUCCUUAAACGACAGAACAAUGGACCUUGUAUAUGCUGCUAACUGGGUCGGCGCAGAGAACCUUAACGAGUAUAACAGCACCAGUAGUAGCCAAUCUAAUGGUUCCAAAUUUAACUCUAUAUCAAGAAGCAAAUCAUGCCGAGAUGUGGGUCGCACCGUUGAUAGAGAUCAAAGUGAUAGUUCAUACGAUUUGGAGCACAAUGGUUAUAAUUAUCCCCCCAAUGUGCCCAGAAGUAACAAUAUAUCUCAAUUAGCUAAAUACCAACAAGAUAUUGAAGAAAAAUCUAGAGCAACAAAUAACCUUCUAAUUCAAAAUAAAUUAAAACAUAGCUAUAGUUUUAAAGACAUGCCAAACGGUUACAAACCGUCGACCCUAAGAAGAGUUAAAAGAAGAAAUUUUACAGAAUGGGAUAUCGAUGCUUUUGGAAACAAUGAGCGUCAACCACCUGUUCCACCAAAGCGAAAAGAGUCGCUAAAAUAUGCUCACCGGCAGAGAAAAGUGGAUUCAAAAAAGCUUUGCUAUCCUCUUCCAGACCCAGGCCCUGUACCACCUGACCCAUCUUCAGAAUCCUAUUACGAAUAUUAUUCACGUGUAAGCCAACAGAACAAUGAGACAGAUAGCGAUAAAAUAAAACUAAUUCAGAAAGAUCCAAAAAUAGAAUCACCACCUUAUGAUGGUUCUAUUUCUAAUCAUUCGAUUAGAGGAUUCGGUAAUGAUAUGUACAAAAUUAUUAAUUCUAUGGCCACGUUGGAUUUAGCACCGAUUAAGUUCAGAUCCAGUAAACAUAAACACGAUAAGGAUAGUGAUGCGGAAGGUUUUGGUUUAUAUAAGCAUAAUAAUGGAUCUGCAUGCGAACCAAUUCCUCAACACAUAAAGCAACCAAACAUUGAACGGAACAGUUGCGUAGAAGAUGCACGUCCUAAUUUUCGGUCUAAAUCGUUGAGAGUCAAGAGUGAGAGUAGAGCUCCUUUGAAGGCAUAUCUUGAUACAAUGGAAUAUAACGACAAUGCAUACAAUAACAACGUAACCGUCACUCAACCGAAAAGGAACCUCUCUCCAAGCGAGCAGUUAUCGUUAAUGCAGUAUGAAACGUGUAAAGGAAGUCCAAAUCCGACUCUACCGCCCAUCAGUAACGGUUAUAACUCGGUUAAAUGGGGGAAAGAAAGUGACCAUCGGACUUCAAACGGUGCCAUUAGGCAAAAAUCUGAUAAAUACGGAAAAUUAUAUAACACAGUGCGAGUAAAAAGUGAAGAUAGAUAUGAUAGGUAUAAUGACAUUUUAUCUCUGGGACAGCUCAGAGAAGGUAUAAGUGAGGAACGUGUGAGUGAUAAAGCUAAGAAUGGCGCGUAUCCGCGUAGUGCAAAAACUUCGUCUAGUGGUUCCGACUCGGACUUUUCGAUACCGCGACCUAAACUAAUAGUACCUGUGCAUACUUAUGGAACUCGAAAGAGAAGAACGGGAAAUCUUUGUCAGCGGGAAAGUAACGCGACGGAGUCUUCAUUAGACGCUGGUAUAGUACUCAAUGUCUCGCGUCUCGAAGAACAGUCCAAAGAAAAUCACCGAAAUGGAGAUACAGAGGGCAGAGUGGAGGUUUCAAGGGAGAACAAGUACCUUAGUACAAUGGCGCCUGGAAAGGUAUUUGGUGAACUGGCCAUACUCUACAACUGCAAAAGAACGGCCACCAUAAAGGCAGCUACGGAUUGCAGGCUUUGGGCAAUCGAACGUCAAUGUUUCCAAACUAUUAUGAUGAGGACUGGACUCAUCCGACAAGCCGAAUAUACGGACUUCCUUAAAAGUGUUCCAAUCUUCAAAAAUCUUCCCGAGGACACGCUUAUUAAAAUAUCUGACGUGCUUGAAGAAACACACUACCAAAACGGGGAUUACAUCAUACGACAGGGCGCUAGAGGAGAUACCUUCUUCAUUAUAUCCAAGGGACAAGUCAAGGUAACGCAGAAACAGCCAAAUAGCAAUGAUGAAAAAUUCAUUAGAACUCUUACCAAGGGCGAUUUCUUCGGUGAAAAGGCAUUGCAAGGAGACGAUCUACGAACGGCCAACAUUGUCUGCGACUCGCCAGAGGGCACCACCUGUCUUGUCAUUGAUCGAGAGACAUUCAAUCAGCUGAUUUCCACAUUGGACGAAAUUCGCACCAAGUACAAAGACGAAGGCGACGACCGACAGAGGCUCAACGAAGAAUUCGCCAAUCUCCGCUUAUCAGACCUACGUAUCAUCGCCACAUUGGGUAUCGGAGGUUUUGGUCGCGUCGAGCUGGUACAAAUCCAAGCAGACUCGAGCCGUUCCUUCGCCCUGAAGCAGAUGAAGAAAGCCCAGAUCGUUGAAACGAGACAGCAACAGCACAUCAUGUCAGAGAAAGAGAUAAUGUCGGAGAUGAACUGCGAAUUCAUAGUAAAGUUGUACAAGACGUUCAAGGACCGUAAAUACUUGUAUAUGCUUAUGGAGACUUGCCUUGGAGGAGAGUUGUGGACUAUUUUGAGAGAUAAAGGUCAGUUUGACGAUUCCACUACUAGAUUCUACACAGCUUGCGUCGUUGAAGCGUUCCACUACUUGCAUUCUAGGAAUAUUAUUUACAGGGAUCUCAAGCCAGAGAAUUUACUCCUAGACUCCAAAGGCUAUGUGAAGCUGGUGGACUUCGGGUUCUCUAAGAAGUUGCAGGCAAGUCGCAAGACUUGGACAUUCUGUGGUACGCCAGAGUACGUAGCCCCUGAAGUCAUCAUGAACAAAGGUCACGAUAUAAGCGCGGACUACUGGUCUUUAGGUGUCUUAAUGUUCGAGCUUCUAACUGGAUCACCGCCAUUCACUGGAGCCGAUCCAAUGAAGACGUACAAUAAGAUCCUAAAGGGUAUUGAUGCAGUGGAGUUCCCGAGAUGCAUCACCCGCAACGCAGCUAACCUCAUCAAGAAACUCUGCAGGGACAACCCUGCCGAGAGACUGGGCUACCAGCGAGGCGGCAUCACAGAGAUUCAGAAACACAAGUGGUUCGACGGUUUCAAUUGGGAAGGUCUAGCGAUGCGCACGCUUGAGCCACCCAUAAAGCCAACCGUUAAAUCAGCAGUUGACACACACAACUUCGACCAAUACCCACCUGACGCCGAUGAGCCUCCACCCGAUGACCUGUCUGGCUGGGAUGCUACUUUCUAAAUAUUAUAGAACUCGCUGGAACUUUCUAGAUUUUCUGGGGUCCAAGACUUUUAGUGACCUGUAAGAUGUUCUUAACACUUCAUACUUCCAUGUGAAUCUUCCUCGAUCUUUUAGAACUCUCUAGAAAAUUUUGGGAUCCUUCAAUUUUUCUCUACUAUAUGCAAUUCGAAUAAUAAUUUGACAUGAAAGACAAUUUGUCUAUACAAUGACAAUAUUCUAGAGGUGCCAACUUAUUUACUAUAGACAAUCUAGAACACUUCUAGAACUCUCUAGAACGACUAAUAAUGACUUCAAAAUUACUUAUGACUUCAAUAAAACUAUGAAGCUUCAAUUAGUAGAAUUGUAAAUAACAUGUGAUGGUAAUCACAAGUAGCACAAAAUAGAUCUUCUUAGUAGAAUUAAGUAAAGUCAAGUUAUAUGAGAAUCGAAUUUGGUACUUCAUAUUAGGAUUCUUGUCUCAUAUUAGUCAAGCAAGUUUGCCAUACAGGACUUGCCCGUAAAAUAUUGAAUUUAGUCAUACUUUCAAAAUUUAGUUUAAUACAGAAUUAAUAAAAUUUUGUUUGGUAGGCCAUCUAAUGCUUAAAAGUUGAAUUUAAACCCAGGCGCCGCGCUUCCCAUACAAUACAAAUUUUAAUUUUUCCCGGAUUAAGUCAUUUUUAAGUAAUUCAAAAACGAAGACUAAACUAGGGUGCGCUGUAAGUUUUUUCAUACAAAUAUUUCGUUUUACCGCCACUUACGGUCUAUGGUCUUCAUGAGUUCUACAUAUGACAUAAUAUCUCUAAAACGGAUGUAAAUCUUUUACAUUAUUUACAUAACUGGUUUCUAAUGCUUUACAGUGAGUCGAAAAAACAAAAUAACAUUUAUUAUAGAUAAUUCUUAUGAACGUCAGUAAAAAAUAAAAUAUAAAAUAGUUCUCCUUUAGCUCUUCCAAUCACCAAGAUUUAAAACUCAUGUAAGACAAGACAUUUAUUAUAAUUCCCUUGCUUUCCAAGUUGUCAUUUUAAGUUUUCAAAAGGUGAUUUGUAUACCAAAUGUUACCAAACCAUGAAUCCCAUAAUAUUUGUAAAUAUAAAAUUAUCGUAAAUAUUGCAUACUGUAUAAAUGUUACGAUAAUAUAUGCCUAUUAUAAAAUUCGUGACAAUAAUUAUUUACCUUAAGCAUUAUGAGGGCUCAUAUUUUAAUAUUUAUCGUAAGCUCGCACUAAGUAAAAUAAGUUCAGUUUAUUUAAAAUAAGUGCUUUUGGGAAAUUUGAUGAAACCUUACCACAUAUUGAUUGUCCUUUUCAAAAGUGUAUGGCUCAAAUUAUACCUAAAAUUGAAAUUUAUCGAUUUAUUUUAGUUAAAUAUUUUAAGUAUCAAUUUCUCCACUUCAUAGUAAGAUUUAUUGUAAAUAUUAAUGCAAUUUUAAAUAUGAUUAAAUUUGAAUUGUGAAAUUUUAAUUUACUUACCUAUGUUUAAUGUUAUGUAAGAAGCGUAUAUUUUUGUAAUCCUAAUUAAAUAUUAU